AUUUCUCGUUUCAGCAGCCCAGAAAGAGAAUCAACCAUGAGGCCGUUACAUCUUGUGCUGGUACUGACAUUUGCGUCGGUGAUGUGUUCUGCAAAUGCUGUGCAGAAGCAACCACUCCACGAAGUUCAAGCCAGCAAUACCGAAGUCCUUCGCAUGGCCCAGACAAACCUCCUAGAGGAGAUCAAACAGCUGAAGAAAGAAAACAGGGAUCUCGUAGCAGACAACUCGGCUCUGAAGUCGUAUCAGAAAGAACAGACAGCUGCCGUCGAGAGAUCAGUCAGACGGAUGAAUUUGAGCGACGCCAGGCCAGCUGACUGCGCCGAUUUACUGAUGCUAGGAGUGAGGCAGAGCGGCGAAUACAACGUCUACCCAUUUUCCUGCGGGUGCGAGCCUCCCAUCAAAGUGUUCUGCGACAUGGUGACCGACGGCGGGGGAUGGACGGUGAUCAUGACCAGAAGGAAACAGAAGACCCAACUCGACUUCAACCGGACCUGGGACGAAUACAAGUUUGGCUUUGGAGGAGUUUCAGAACAAUGGCUUGGUCUCGAAAACAUGCACAAGUUGACAUAUAGUCGAACCUAUUCCCUCCGCAUGGACAUUGACACAGUGGACGGAGACUCUAAGUUCCUUGUUUACCAAACUUUUCAAGUGGAAAAUGAAGAAAACAGGUACAGGCUCAACCUCGAUGUCAGGUCACAAGAUAGUACAAAUGAGUUUGACUGCUUGUAUCAUAACAGAAAGCGUGACUUCACCACUUACGACAAGGAUUUUGACAGCAACAAGAGUGUCAACUGUGCCACUGUGGGUGGCGGUGGUGGUUUCUGGUACUAUGACUGCAGAACAAGUUUCCCUCCAACAGGUGUCUACACUGACCGCAUGAAGCUGAGUUGCUAUUCUGAUAAACCCUACGAAGUGGUUCGUUUACAAAUGAAGAUUCGUCCAAGUGUAUGCCAUGCUACCUCCAAGAAGAUCAACAUUUUUAAUACUGCUUGUACCACCUGCGAUACUAUAAUAGCAGUCUGAUCUGAAUGGAGGGAGGUUUAAUAGAAGAGUGGUUAAUUGUUUGCAGUAGAUUAUUAAAAUAAACCAACCAGCUUCGGUUACUAGGCUCAUUGAACUUCACACUGAUUGUUCAUGGCACUUAAGGCUAUUGAAAUUUGAGGUGUUUUGGUAUCAACACUGCACCCAGAAAAGGAUUUCACAGCAGGUUUUGGAUAAUUGAUAGUGCUUAUUCCACCUAAAACUCAACUGUGCACCAAUAAUUCAGAAUAAAAUUAAUAUGAACUC